AUGGCGACUGCUGAUGGAACAGCAGACCCGGGAUCAACAGCCACGACAGGGACUAGUGGCAUCUUCAAAGGAGGCCCAUCAGAGAUGCCCGGUUCCUCAGGCACUACACAGAGUAUGAAGAAGACCAUCGGUCACCGUGGAGUUGAGACCACAACUGGAGAGACCACCUACAAAAAGACAACCUCUUCUGCUCUUAAAGGUGCCAUUCAGCUGGGCAUCACUCACACGGUGGGCAGCUUGAGUCAAAAAGCUGAGAGAGAUGUGCUCAUGCAGGAUUUUGUGGUUGUUGAAAGUAUCUUUUUCCCCAGUGAAGGCAGUAACUUGACUCCAGCUCAUCACUACAGCGACUUCCGCUUUAAAACCUACGCUCCCAUCGCCUUUCGUUAUUUUCGAGAACUGUUUGGCAUUCGGCCAGAUGACUACCUGUAUUCUCUAUGUAGCGAGCCACUGAUUGAGCUCUCCAACCCUGGAGCCAGCGGGUCGCUCUUCUACGUCUCCGGUGAUGACGAGUUCAUCAUUAAAACUGUUCAGCACAAAGAGGCAGAAUUUCUCCAGAAGCUGCUUCCUGGAUAUUUCAUGAACAUAAACCAAAACAAGCGCACGCUGCUGCCCAAGUUCUAUGGACUUUACUGCGUCCAGGCAGGAGGCAAGAAUAUCCGCAUAGUUGUAAUGAACAAUCUUCUACCCCGUAUUAUCCCCAUGCACCUCAAAUACGACAUGAAAGGAUCCACUUAUAAGAGACGGGCGUCUCCUAAGGAGAGAGAGAAGGCCGUUCCUACAUACAAAGACCUUGACUUUAUCCAGGAUUUGCCUGAUGGCCUGCAGCUUGAAGCAGACAACUACAACGCUCUUAGCAAGACAAUUCAGAGGGACUGCCUGCUAUUGCAAAGUUUCAAGAUCAUGGAUUACAGUCUGCUGAUGGGAAUUCACAACAUGGACCAGGCCAAUCGGGAGCGGGAACGAGUCGGGGGCUAUUCCGGGGACAGCGGGGGGUCAGAGGGAGCAGUGACGCCGGAUCAGCGGCGGCCUCAAGCUCAGAAAAGUCUUUACUGUACGGCCAUGGAGUCUAUCCAGGGAGAGGCUCGUGGAAAGGGCGUUUUGGAUUCCGAAGACCACAUGGGAGGCAUUCCAGCUCGUAAUGCAAAAGGAGAGCGGUUACUCAUCUACAUCGGCAUCAUAGACAUCCUCCAGUCCUACAGAUUUGUUAAAAGGUUGGAGCACUCCUGGAAAGCACUUGUUCAUGAUGGGGACACGGUUUCAGUUCACAGACCAGGCUUCUACGCAGAGCGCUUCCAGCAGUUCAUGUGUAACACGGUGUUCAGAAAGAUUCCAUUAAAGCCUUCCCCAUCGAAGAAGAGCCGUGGCGGAGGUCAAGGGGGGCUGAGGAGGGCUCCCACUCUGGGAGCACCCACCCCACUCUCCCACGCAUCAGGGCAGUCAAUGAUGGACCCCAGACUGGUUUAUCACCCCCAUUUUAAAAGCACAGAGUCAGAAACUGACAGUGUUCAGCCAGGCAGACCAGAUCUGGUUCCUAGGACCCCACCACUGCACGACAACCCCGCUGACUGCGAGGCCAACCUGUCCACCUCAUCUGUAGGCAGCCUAGAACUUGCUUCCUCUCCUCCUCUAAGGUCUGUUGGGGUUGAGGUGCACAAAUCAGCUCAUACAGACUACGACCAGGGUGCUUUUCACAGCUUUGAAGUUGAGGGCAGUGGCGAUCAUUCAGGCCACCUCUCUGGAAGUGAAGAUGUAGUUUCGCUAUCAGACAUCAUCCCUGAGACCAACAUCAAUUUUCACAUGGCCGCCAACUCGGUACCCUCCUCGCAGGCACACCUGCUCGCAACUUUUUAA